UGUAGAGCCAGAGGGGGGGGCAGGAUGGAGUGCUCCUGGAAGACGGUACUGCUGCUGGUGUGUGCAUCUCUGGGGGUCCAGUACACAGCCAUCCGUACGCUGAGGGACUCACUGUCUGGACCCUGUCAGGGAGCCUACCACUGCCAGACCAGACAUCACCGAGACUCCAGGUGGAGAGCCUUGUGCGAUGACGGUUGGAUGUCCAUUGAAUCACCUCGGAAGCACAUCUUGCUGUUUGCCACCACACGCAGCGGCUCAUCCUUCACUGGGCAGCUCCUCAACCAGCACCCCGGGAUCUUCUAUGUGUUUGAACCUCUCUAUCACGUCCAGCAGGCCUUCACCAACUCCAGCAGCAGGCUACGUCGAACCUUGGACCGCCGGGCCCUACUGGGAGCAUACAGGGACCUCCUCCUCAAUCUGUACACCUGUGACCUUCACUUUAUGGAGAGCUACAUCCGUCCUGAACCCCAGGACCACGUCACAAGUUCUUUCUUCCGCCGAAGCUCCAGCCACGCCCUUUGUUCCCCUCCUGUGUGCCUGGAAGGAGGGGAUGGAACAGCCUCUGAUCUACCUGAUGAAACCUGGUGUCCUAAGAAGUGUGGGGCCCUGAACCUCACCUCAGCCUCUAUGUCAUGUCUGUCAAGGGAAUACGUAGCCAUUAAGACAGUUCGGGUCCCUGAGGUGGGAGACCUGCGCACCCUGACCGAAGAUCCACGUCUGGACCUAAAAAUCAUCCACCUGGUGAGGGACCCCAGAGCCAUCCUUGCCUCACGCAUGAUGGCGUUUUCAGACCAGUUUCGCCCGUGGAAAAUAUGGAACGCAACAGGACGGCAGCCACGGUACGUGGACUUGACACAGAUCACCAGCACCUGUAAGGACAUGGCAGCCUCUGCAGAAACAGGCCUGCAAAGGCCGGCCUGGCUGCGGGGACGCUACCUGCUGGUGCGGUAUGAGGACCUGGCUUUCAACCCAAAGGACAAGGCUGCUGAGAUCUACAAGUUUGUCGGGCUGGAGAUGGAGGACAAGGUGCAGAUGUGGAUCGCAAAGAACACCAACAGUAACACAUCAUCUCCGUCUGAGUGGAACUACAGGUACUCCACCACCAGAGACUCUAGAGCGACAGCAGAAAGCUGGAGGCUUCGUCUCGGCUUUGAUAUUGUGAGGACUGUGCAGAAUCUGUGUAAUGAUACUCUGGCUCUGCUGGGAUACAGGAAGGUGCACUCCGCAGCUGGACUUAAAAACCUGUCCCAUAGUUUAGUGGAACCCAGGACAUUUCAACCAGUUACGUGGUAG